AGCUUGUCUCCGUGGGUCGGCCUGAGGAAGAUCAACGUGUCGUACUGGGGCUGGGAGGACGCGUCGCCCUUCACCAACACCAGCCUGCGCUGGUCACCCGGCGAACCCAGCGACUCGGGCUUCUGCGCCUACCUGGAGCGGCCGCUGGUGGCCGGACUCAAAGCCAACCCCUGCACUGCCACCACGGACGGGCUGAUCUGUGAGAAACCUGCGGGGACUCCUCAGAGUCCGAGCGCUCGUCCCUGCAAGACUCCCUGCGCUCUGCGGUCCAGCUGCUCUAACUGCACCAGCCAGGCCAUGGAGUGCAUGUGGUGCAGCAGCGCUCAUCGCUGCGUCGACUCCUCGGCCUACGUCAUCUCCUUCCCUUACGGGCAGUGUCUGGAGUGGCAGACUCAGGACUGCACAG